AUGGGGCCAAGAUGGAAAGGGAAAGGAGCAGAUGCUAAAGCACUAGCAGAUCCCAUGUCAGAAAUAGUCUCCCAGCUUCAAUCUUCUCUCCUUCAAUCAAAUGCUCUUGGGUCACUCUCAGGCUGUAGUGUGCUUCUUGCAGUGGAAACAGAACAGACCGAACUUCUCACUCGUGCGUGUUUCGGUAAACCCAUUAUUACAGCUGAGAAAGAUAAGCAAUGGUUUCAAUUGGGUUUGGAGGAAGCUUUUUAUUUGUGUAAUUCUUUAAAAUGUUUAAAGAUUGUUGGUGAAGAUAAUUUUGUUAAAAAUGAUUUAGAUUUGUGGUUGCAUAUGAAAUCGAAAAAGGAUAAUUUCCCGGAUUUUUAUAAGGCUUAUUCCCAUCUUCGUAUGAAAAAUUGGGUUCUCAGGCCGGGAUUACAGUAUGGUGUGGAUUUUGUUGCUUACCGGCAUCAUCCAUCUUUGGUACAUUCGGAAUAUGCUGUGAUUGUUUUGUCAGAAGGGGAUGUUGGGAGAUUGAGGGUAUGGGCUGAUUUCCAUUGCACGAUUAGACUUUGUGGAAGUGUUGCGAAAACAUUGUUAGUUCUUCAUGUUGACAAAAAUGGUCAUGGUGCUAUCUGUCCAUCUUGUUUGGAGAGUUACUCUGUUGAGGAGUGCACAAUCAUGAGAUGGAGUCCGGAGCACAGCCGUAAUGAUCAGACAGCCUCGGAAAAUGGAAUCACGUAA